AUGGAAUUACAUCUCCACCUGUCAGUUGCAUUCCGUGCGUUAGAUCGCAAGUGGGGCAAGCCAGUUGACUUGGAAUCUACUGAAGAUCUUACUACGUGCAUACCAGCCAUUGUCGACAUACCUACAACCACAUUCUCUUCCGAAGAAUUUCUGCAAGCAAGAAGACAGAAGCGAAGUUUAAAAGUAGAUGAACAUAAUUUGGGGAAUGCAAACGAUACGUUUGCGGAUAUAUCUUGUGCAAGGAUACCAUCAGUGUGCAAUGAAUCCGGUGUAGAAGAAUCUAGUGGUUGCUCAGAAGAAUCUAGCGGUUGUUCAGAAGUAUCCAUUACUGAUUCAAACGAAGAAGUAUCAAGAACAGAAUUUGACAGUGAUCUUGUCAGAAGUGUUGAAAGACAUUUUGAACAGUGCGAAGCGGAUUGUACAGCCAUUUUGGAAUCUAGACUGGACAGCAAUAAAUGGGGGAAUGUGUUUCGUUUGUUUAAAGAUAGAGCCAAGUUUUUAAUUGAAAAGUGUAAGAAAAAUAGUGAAAAUGCUACUCGAGGGUAA